AUGGCCGUCAGUCAGCUUUGGACGCGCACGCCACAAGCGAGCGAUGACGAGAAAAUGGCGACCUCGGAGUAUGAAGAGUACUCCAGCGAGCUUUCUGAGCCAGAUAGCACCUCUCCAAGUGAAGAGGGAUCGGCUACGCCUGAUACUGAGACGUACGACUCGGGCUCCGAAGAGACCGAGUGCGACGAAGAUGAAUACCGCGAUUUCCAACGACGUGACAACGUGUGGGUGAAACCGAAAGGCACCCAGACGUGGUAUCAGGGCGUCAUUACGAAGAUCAAGGAGCCAACGGAACCGUCGCAGCUAAAGCGCGGGCCAUUAUACCUCGUCGUCUUUCGGCGAUAUCAUGCGAAUCUCCGCGCAUGGUUCUCGCCGCUCGAGGGCAACAUGCGGCGAGACACUCCGCGAGAUCGGGCUCACAUACACAGGGCCUCAGACUCAUAG